AUGGGCAGCGAAAGCUUCACCAUUCUUUAUCUCGGCAUUGCCGCCGGGCUAUACUUCAAGCCAGAGUAUACCAUAUACAACUCUAGAAUUGUGACUGCUGCUGUCCUCUUCGGGGUCAUCACCGCAUCGAAGCUGGUAUAUCGGUUUGUGCUCUACCCCGACUAUUUGACUCCAUUGAAACACAUUCAUUCUCCCAAGGGCCGAAGCUGGCUCACUGGAAAUUCCCGGAGUUUCCUGCUUGAAGCCCCCUAUGAGCAGCUAGAAGAGCAUGUGAAAAGCAUUCCCAAUGAAGACCUCCUUCGAUACUAUAUUGUCGGCAACCUUGAGAGGCUUUUGCCAAUUAGCCCGAAGGCUUUGGGUGAGUUGCUUGUUACGAAGGUUUAUGACUUCGAGAAACCGGUAUUGAUUCGUCAGAGCUUGCGACGGAUCGUUGGGGAUGGCAUUUUACUUGCUGAAGGCGACGAGCACAAGAUUCAACGCAAGAACCUCAUGCCAGCGUUCGCCUAUCGCCAUAUAAAGAAUCUCUACCCCGUCUUUUGGGCCAAAAGCGCCGAAAUGGUCAAGAUGAUCGAGGAAGAUCUGGAUAACAGAAAAGCCUGCGGUAAUAACGACAACACAGUUCAAAUCAGUAACUGGGCUAGUCGGGCAACCCUGGACAUCAUCGGAGUCGCUGGUAUGGAUCAUGACUUCGACUCCCUCCGUGACCCCGACAAUACCCUCAACCGAUGCUAUCGUCAAAUUGUGGCAGCACCACCUCUGUACAUGAAGCUACUCUUCGUAGCCACAAUGCUCCUUGGUAACCCAGCAUGGAUCCACCAACUACCAUUCAAACGCAACAGAGAGAUUCAAGAAAGUGGCGAUGUCAUCCGCAACGUCGCACGUCAAAUGAUCCGACAAAAGAAAGCAAAGAUGCAAGACCCCAAUUCCGAGACCGGUAUUGACAUCAUCUCCGUUGCACUGAGCAGCGGCACCUUCGACGAAGAGAACCUAGUCGAUCAAUCCAUGACCUUCCUAGGCGCCGGCCACGAGACAACCGCCACAGCCUUACAAUGGGCUGUCUACGCGCUUUGCAAGCACCCAUCCGUGCAAACCCGUCUGCGGGAUGAAAUCCGCGCCAAUCUACCCUCCCUCGAUGAUCAAACUCCAAUCACUGCAGCCGCAGUCGAUAGCCUACCAUACCUCAACGCAGUCUGCAACGAGGUGCUCCGCUUCUACCCUUCCGUACCCAACACGAUCCGCACAGCAGUUCGCGAUACAACACUCGCCGACAAGCAUAUUCCCAAGGACACGCUACUCUACAUAUCUCCGCGGAUCAUCAACCGCAUGGAAACUUUAUGGGGAACGGACGCGAAUGUGUUCAACCCAGACCGGUUCAUGGGUCCCGGUAAAGCAAAUACUGGUGGGGCGGUUAGCAAUUAUGCCUAUUUGACUUUCUUGCAUGGUCCGCGCAGUUGUAUUGGGCAGGGCUUUGCGAAGUCGGAGCUUGCUUGCUUGGUUGCUGCUGUUGUUGGGAGGUUCCAUAUGGAGUUGAAGUUUCCUGGUGCUAAGCUGGAGGUACGGGAGGCAGCUACUGUUUCUCCGAAAGAUGGGGUUCUCGCUUUGAUGACGCCGUUGCAGGGGUGGUAG